UGGUUUGUUGUUGUCUGUGGGAGAUUUCUUACUCGUUAAACUUCAUUAAUUACAUCGUAAUUGGGCGUAUCUUGCAAAAAAAUCGCUACUACAAAGAACAAUUCGACAGAUCGCUUUGCUUUUUUCCAGAUUGAAUGCGCUGGAUGAUUGAAAUCAUCUUAAAAAACAAAAAAGCUGUUAUACUCGUUAUACUGACUUUCCAAGUAAGUGAGAAGACUCGAACGACAUCUUCAUGAUGUAGACAGUGCUUGCAGCCAACCAUAGCAAGAGUGUAAUUUUGAGGCGACAGAUCAUUUUCCCUUGAUUGACAUACAACAGACAAGCAGAAACUAGUGCCAAAUAGGUUUUUGGAUAAUAUUGACAGUGGAGAGCAAACUUAUUGAAUUUGAAUGCACAGCUUGGAACAUCGUCAACAUUGUUUUUAGUUGUUGAAUACUACACAUGAUGAGUGUUAGUUGUUCCCCAUGACAUCUGGCAGAAAAGCUUUUGCUUUUUGCAGUUUACUCCGUGGAAUGGUUAAGUGAGAAUGUAAAAUCUUCAGGAAGACCAUAACUUCUUAGCAAGUUAUAGUCAUAAUUACGUAUCAAGGAGAUUACCAGGUUUCAUAGGCUACCAACAAGCGUGUGGCUUCUAAAAACAAAUGCGCAAAGCUUAUCAAGAAAAAAUGGCUUCUGUUGAAGUAGAUAAAUUGUCGGAGCACCUUCUCAAGUGUCCCAUCUGCCUAGAAACAUACAGAACCCCAAAAGUAUUGCCUUGUCUCCAUACAUUUUGUCUUCACUGCUUAAAGGAACUCUACAAUCCCGAAGAAAGCGCAAUAGUAUGUCCAACAUGUCGAUGUGAAGUGUCAAUCCCUAAGGAAGGUGUCACAGCCUUGUCUUCUAAUUUCUUCAUCAACAAUAUGUUGGAUUUUCUCUACGUUGCUCAAAGCAGCUCCAAACCUGUUUUCUGCACAAAUUGCGAGGACAGGAACGCGGCGACUUCUCGUUGCAUCGAAUGUAUGGAGUUUCUUUGUCAGCAAUGCGUAGCUGCUCAUUAUCGUACCAAGCUCACUAAAGACCAUGAGGUUCUUGCACUGGAAGAACUACAUGGACAAGAAGUCCAUGAAAAGAUGCAUCGACCAUUACUUUGCAGCUUUCAUGAUAAAGACGUGCUGAAAUAUUUCUGUGAGACGUGUGAUGAGCCCGUUUGCAGGGAGUGUCUGAUUAUCGAUCAUAGAGAACAUCGUUAUGGCUACUUGAAGGACGUUGACAAGAAGCAUCGCUCAGAGGUUGGUGUUCUAGUAAUGAAUACCAAAAAGAAGUUGGGUCCACUAAAGGAAGCCAUCGAUUCAGUCAAAGACAUGCGCAAGAGAGCAGACUGCAAAGCCGAGGAAAUCCGACAAGAGAUCAUGCGAACAACUAAAAAAUGCUUAGAAGUUGUCAAAGAACGUGAGGAAGAACUACUUACCCAGGUAAACAAUGUACAUAAAAUGAAGGCCAAGACGCUUGAUAUCCAAGGCGAGGAACUUGAAAUGAUGCUUGGAAACUUGACCAGUGGUAUAGACUUUACUGAGAACGCCCUAAAACACGGUAAUGAAGCGGAGGUCAUGUUAGUACGAAAGCAGAUGACUUCAAGGCUGCAAGAUUUAAACCAAGUGAAGCUAGAGUAUGAACCUUUAGAAGAUGAAAUCAUUGAUUAUUCUUUGAAUCCCGAUGAAUUUCGAAUUGCCAUCGAGAAGAUGGGUACUGUUAAGAUGUACCAUUCGUACCCAAGGUUCUGUUAUGCUACAGGGGUUGGAGUUCAGCGAGCAAAGAUAGGAUUAGAAGCUGUGUUCAUGGUAACAGCCAAGGACAGGAUGAACGAGAUAUUCAGUGGUGGCGGUGAGCCUGUUAAGGUUGUCGUUAAGCCACCAGAAGGAACCCAGUAUGAAGGUAGCGUUAUUGACAACCAAGACGGUACCUACACGGUAUCCUACCAACCCAGUGAACGAGGAACUCACACUGUUUAUGUAACGAUCAGAAACAGAAACAUAGGCGGUAGUCCGUUCUCCGUCAACGUCACCGGCAGAAUGGACUACGGUAAACUAGGCAAGACGAUGAGGACAUUCGGCACUGAAGGCACUGGGGGUGGGGAAUUCAAUAUGCCUUGGGCAAUUGCCAUUGAUAACCACAACAGCUGUUUUAUCAUCACAGACUGUAAUAACCAUCGUGUUCAAGUCUUUGACUUUGAAGGGACCUUUAUGUUUAAGUUUGGCACUGAAGGUUCUGACAGAGGCCAGUUUAAGAACCCAAAAGGAGUGGCAAGGUUUCCAAAUGGACAAAUAGUUGUCGCUGACUUCAAUAAUCACCGUGUUCAAGUUUUCAACGAAGAUGGUCGAUUCUUACGAAAAUUUGGUUUCUAUGGAGCUGAAGAACCAGGCUCUAUGAAUCAUCCGUGCGGUGUUGCAUGCACAACUGGGGGAAUGAUAAUAGUUUCAGAACAGGACAAUCACCGGGUUCAGAUGUUUGACGCCAACGGUGAACUCGUUCGAAAAUUCGGUUGUCAAGGGUUUAGUAAAGGGCAGUUCAUCUACCCCCAUCAUGUGUGCGUUAACCAGCGUGGCAGGAUCGCUGUGGCUGAUUGUGUGAACGACAGAGUCCAGAUAUUUGAUCUUGAAGGAGCUUACUCCUUUAGUUUUGGCAAAGAAGGAACACAAAAUGGUUUGUUUGAUGGACCUGAAGGCGUGACGUUCGAUGACGAAGACAAUAUUAUUGUCUGUGAUUAUCACAACCAUCGCGUUCAGAUCUUCACCACUGAUGGAGUGUUUGUGUCUUCAUUUGGUCAAUUCGGUGAUGAAGAGGGCAACUUUAGGAACCCAUGUGGGAUCGCUGUGACGAAUGAUGGAAACGUCAUAGUUGUAGACAGCGGAAAUAACAGAGUACAGAUCUUCUAAAAUGGCUCAGUUUAACUGAAAAUGCAAUUAAUAUUCCAAGAAAGGAUGACAAAAAUAAAACUGACUUUUCUUUCUUUCGGGAUAUUUGCUCAAUGCAUAUGGUGCUAUAGCCCGAAAAAAACCCAUAGCACAAUUGCAAAAUCAUGCAGACAAUCCAGUACGGAAUCCAAUGUAGAUCAUGUUUUAUUCGAUAUUUAUUUUGUUACCAUAUAGUUGGGCGAUUAAGUUAGGUGAUUACCAGACUGCAUAUUAGAAUUGAAACUUCAAUCAACCUUUUGUUGUUGGAAACUUUCGUCAACCGUUGUAUCCCACCUCGUCCCCUAAUACCAUUUUUUACUAUACAUCCCUUUCUUGAUAUUUCUGGUAAAUCUCUUUAACUUGUAACAUCUUUUUUUAAACAAAAUGCAUUAUAAAGCAAAAAGCCAGAGUCGUCGAGUAUGAUUGGAGUUUAUUGGUGUUUUUAUUGCCAUCUCUUCAUAUUUCCUUUGAUUAAAAUAACGCAUACAGAAUUGUGCAAUAUACUUCUUUAUAAUUGUUGUGAUGUAACGUCAGAUUGAGAAAUCUUGCUCUCUUUCCCCCAAAACACUGUUAAAGUCGAUCCCAAUUAGAAAUUAAAGGUCGCGUGACCGUAGUACACUCA